UUACCGACCGAAAAACUCGUUGCUGCUCGUGUAUUAUGGCCAUAUCUUAACUCAAUAAUAAUUAAAUAUUUCAUAUUUCAUCAUAUAAAUUAUCGCGUCACCAUCGCGCAAGAUAUAAUUGAUAUUAUGGACAAUGAGGAAAUGCCCAAAAUUGAUCUCAGCAAAGGCAAGUCAAAGUUGUCAACAGUAGACCGUCAUUUUAUGGAGAAACUUGAGAAAUUAAAUAUAGAACGUGCAAUUCGUAUGAAAGGGAUUCGUAGAGCAAAUCGUUAUACUGGAUGCGGAUUAUUUGCUGGAGUUAUUGCUAUUUAUACUUACACUAUUUUUGCUGUCAAACAAGAAACAUUUUUGGAUGACUUUGAAAUACCAGAAACUAUUUCAACUGAGGAAGCUUAGUUACGAUAUAUUUUAAUAUCUAGCUCAUUAUUGUUUUUUUUUAUUUUUAAUAUUACUGUUAAUUAAAUUAAUAUUUUAAAU